AUGGCCGGCCUUCUACUCGGGGGUUGCGUGGCCCUGCGCCAGGGCGGGCUCACAGGCCUGCCCUCAUCGCUGAAAGGCGCCGUGGCGCACGAGCACCUGGAGCGCACAGCCUCCUGCUUUGUGGUGGCGGCCGCUUGCGACGGCCUGGCCACCGUAGCGGAGCUGGCCCCCUGCAGCAGCGCCACAGGCGGCGGUGCCCUGGGCACCGUGCUAGCUGUAAGCAACCCGCCGCGUACAUACAACCACACGCGGCGCAUCACCGUGCCCACCUACUGCCUGGCUGGCACUCAGACGCGGCGGCGCGGGCGGCGCGGCAGCGGAGGCGACGAUGAGGAGCUGUUUGGGGGAGGAGGCGACGAUGGCUGGGGCGGCGACGGCGGCUUUUGGGACGGGGGUGACAGUGGCGACGAGGACGGCGGCGACGGCAGCCUGGCGGCGCGCCUGCAAGACCUGCUGCUGCUCUGGAGCUUCUUCUGCGCGCUGGCCUUCUGCCAGACUCUCUACCAUGUCAGCCCCAAGCCGAAGGCGGGCCUGGUGGGCCCCGCUUUUGCCGCCCUCAGCUACAGCGGCAUCAAGCGCCACUUGCUGCAGCACCAAGGCCGCAGCCAUGCGACGCCUUUGCACCCACUAUGUGCAACGGACUGCGUGGCUGAGUGUCCCAUGCUGACGGCGGGGGAUCUCGUGGCGGCAGGCUGCAGCGCACGACCGCCGGGCAGCGGCCCGCAGGCGGCGGGCGUGCUGGGCGGCGGAGCAGCGCCGUCGCAGGGCUGCCCGCCGCAUGAGGCAAUACGAGAGGUGCCCCUCACGCGCCUGACAGUGGGCAUGUGGACAAGCCGGCGCCACCGAGCCUGCCAGCUGCUGCUGCUGGAGCAGGAGAGCCUGCUGGUGGUGCUGGUCGACCGCCGAGCCGCGGUGGUGCGCAGCCCGUCCCGCUUCCUGGAGGGCCUGACUGCGGCCAGCCCCUUUGCCAGCGCCGCCUACAGCCAGGCGGGGUGCGUGCACGCCUUUGAGGUGCCCUUUGCCAGCAUCAGGGGCCUGGACUACAACAACCCGCUGUGCCUGGAGGCGCGCCUGGUGCUGGAGACCAGCGGCCUGCGCAAGCGGGAGUUCCCCACGAUGGAGGCUGCCCGGGCGUACUUCCUGCAGCCUGCCGCCCGCGCCCAGCGCUCCCCCGGCGCCACCGCCCCGGCCAGCACUGCGGGCGGCGCCAAGCCGCCAGCAGGCCAGCUGCAUGCGGCGCUGCAGUCUCAGGCGCCCGCUGUCAGCGGCGCGGCGACCGCCGGCACCGCCGAUGGCGUGCAGUGCCGCUGUCAGCAGGAGGCCGGUGAGGGCAGCCGCAAUGGCAGGAGCAGCGCCAGGGGCAGCCUGGCGCUGAGACUGGACGGUGCGGAUGCUGCCGGCGGCGUUCGUGCUGCCAGCACACAGCCGCCUCCUGCGCCCCGCCAGCAAGCAGGCUGCGGCAGCGACUUGGUACCACUAGACGCGGUGGCAGCAGCAGCCGUGGCAGCAGCCGUGGCAGCACCAGCCAGGCCGGGGCCGCCUCUGCCGCCUCCUGCGCUGGUGGUUGCGCCGCCCGCCGACACGCUGCCGCUUCGGGACAGCCUGGACGACAACGACGACGACUUUGAGAGCGAGUUUGGGAGCCUGUGGUACUGGGGCAGCCCCGCACGCAGCUCGCCGCCCACCCCGCCCCGUGCCGCCGCCCAGGCAGAGCGCGGCGUGGCGGCUGCAGCCUGCAGCAGCGGCGGGGCGGGCGGCGCCAGCCCGGAGGAGCCGGCUGUGCUGGUGGGCAGCGCGCCCAGCUCCAGCGCCUUUGCAGGCUUCAUGUCGCCGUCGCUGUCCUCGCCGCCGCAGCUGGCCGACCGCGCGCGGGCAGAGGCGGGCAGCAAGCCGCCGCGGCCGCCGCCCGCGCCCAGCCUGCAGCGCGCCGCGUCCGACGGCCUCCUGCUGGGCUCCCUGGGCGGAGGCAUCCUCCUGCAGCACCAGCAGCACCAGCAGCGCCAGGCGGCGGUGCGGCAGGGGGAGGUGGAGGCGGAGGGGUGGCCGUCGGCUCACCACUUCACCACCGUCAGCCGCGCCUACUCGUACCGCACAGGCAACGAGCAGCUGCUGAAGCUGUACGAGAGCGGCCUGCCGGCCUGGGCCGUCUACGCCCCGCAGUACGGCCUCUUCUACCGCCCCUGGCUGCGCAGCGCCACCUGGGUGCUCUUCUACGCCUUCUCGGUCUUCUCCUUUGUGAUGGGCUUCUACGAUUUGUACAAGUGUGUGCCGGGGCUGCAGGUUGUGAUGCAGCGGCUGAUGUCCAGCGUGUGGCUGCCGCCCGCCGCGGUGCUGGAGUGGCUGGAGCAGCACACGCAGAUCAGGCUGUCCAUCCUGCUGACCUACCUGUUUGGCAGGAGCGAGUCGUUUGUGUGGGUCAUGCGCUGGGCCCACAACUUUGCCAGGGUGUCCAGGGCGGCGCUGCGGCCGGUGGCGGAUGCACUGGGCCCGCCCGCCGCCGUGGUGGGGCAGGCGCUGGCGCUGGCGGGCGGCCAGGCCUGGCAGGCGCUGGCAGCCGCGGGCCUCACGCUGGCAGCCGUCGCCCAGGCGGGCCUGGCCCCAGCGGCCGCCCUGCUGCUGCAGUGCUGGGCAGCGCUGGGUGCCGCGCUCCUGCCGCUGGCGCAGGCCCUGCAGGGGCCGCUGCUGUGGCUGGGUGGCAGCUUCCAGCAGCUGGGGGCGGCAUCAAUGGCGGUGUGGAGGGUGCUGGCGGAGGCGGGCGCCGGCAUCGCGGCGGGCGGCGCCGCGCUGGCGGGCGCCGUGAGCGCCGGGCGCGCCGCGGGCGGCGCCACGUCCCAGGCGGUGGCCAGCCAGGCGGUGUGGCUGUACGUGCUGCCCGUGGAUGCGCUGGAGGUGGUGAGGAGCAGCGCCGUCAAGGCGGCCAAGUCGGCGCAGGCGGUGGCCAAGUUCUGCCUGCACAUGUGCGACAGCGUGGUGCGGCACCGCCUCACGCUGGAGCUGCGGGCGGGGCGGGCCUGGCGGCGCGCCAAGCAGCGGCUGCGGGCCGCCGCCCUGGCGCCGCUCAUGGUGCUGGCGGUGGUGGCCAAGUGGCUCAUUGUGACGGCCAGGCUGCUGGUUGUGGUCGCGGAGCAAGACCAGCCCAGCCAGCAGCAGCAGCAGCAGCAGCAGCAGCAGCUGGACAAGCAGCAGGACCAGCAGGACCACGAGCCAGCACAGCUUGGAAUUGACAAUACCAAGCAGCUGACGAUACUGAGCCCCCUUCAUCCUUGA